CGCGGAAUGGCUACCGGCGCCUUGUAGAUGUCCGGUGAUGGAGAUUUACCUUCGUGGUUCUUCGACCGUGAGGCUGGCAGCACUGAAUGCUUUUCCCUGUGAGGCGGUCUGUGAGAUCCUGUGUCAGGAGGGGAGAAGACACGUUAGUUUUUCAGAAAAGUAGAAAACAGGACAGUAUUUGAAGGCUUGACAAAUGCAUCCCAGACUGAAAAACUGCUGCGUUUCUCCUCCUCUUCCUCCUUUAGAGAACUGACUUCUUGAAAGAGAGGUAAGAGAGAAGAUAUAGAAGUGAGAAAAUGCUGGGAUCAGAACGGGGUGUGGUGGAAGAAUGGCUGUCGGAGUUCAAGGUGCGCUGAGAGGAAUGAUAGCUGUACCAUUGGCAUUACCUGAAACGCAAAUUUCCAGCUAUGCAGCUACACUGCACCGAAAAAAAACACUGGUACCAGCUCUUUAUAAAGUCAUUCAAGACCCAAAUAAUGAGCUCCUGGAGCCUGUUUGCCACCAGCUCUUUGAACUAUACCGUAGUUCUGAAGUUCGGCUGAAGAGAUUCACACUGCAGUUUUUGCCAGAGCUGAUCUGGGUAUAUCUGCGUCUUACUGCCAGCAGGGAUAGGCAAAGUAAUGGUUGCAUUGAAGCAUUGCUGCUUGGCAUUUACAACUUGGAAAUUGCUGACAAAGAUGGAAACAACAAAGUUUUAUCUUUCACCAUCCCUUCAUUAUCUAAACCCUCAAUAUAUCAUGAGCCCUCUACUAUUGGAUCCAUGGCUUUAACUGAAGGAGCUCUCUGUCAGCAUGAUCUCAUCAGAGUAGUUUACAGUGAUCUUCAUCCUCAAAGAGAAACCUUCACAGCACAGAACAGGUUUGAGGUGCUGAGCUUUCUCAUGCUGUGCUACAAUUCUGCUAUUGUCUAUAUGCCUGCCUCUUCUUACCAAUCACUUUGUAGGAUGGGUUCCAGGCUGUGUGUGAGUGGAUUUCCACGGCAGCAUGAGAAACGCUGGAAAGAACACUGUGGUAGAGUGGUGUUAGACCCUGACUUCAUGGUGCAGCUGCUCACAGGUGUCUAUUAUGCUAUAUAUAAUGGUCAAUGGGAUCUCGGCCAGGAGGUAUUGGAGGACAUAAUUUACAGAGCACAGCUUGAACUCUACUCACAACCUCUGUUGGUUGCAAAUGCCAUGAAGAACUCACUGCCCUUUGAUGCUCCUGAUGCAUCCCAAGAAGGCCAGAAGGUACUGAAAGUAGAAGUUACUCCAACAGUGCCGAGGAUUUCUCGAACUGCCAUUACAACAGCUUCUAUCCGUCGUCACCGCUGGAGAAGAGAAGAUGGCUUUGACUUCUCAAACGAGGCUGACUCAAGCAUACCUGGCUCACCGAUCCAACACGGCUCCACAGACCUAGGGAUCAAACGUGAGCAAGAGGGGGAGGUGCUGAUGCGCAGGACCCCUGAGCAUGGCUUCCCGGAGCCCACCUUGGCAGCAGCCACAACAGAGGAUACUGAAGGUGUAAAUGGAAGAGAGGAAUCUGUGAACCUUAAUGAUGCUGAUGAAGGAUUUUCAUCAGGAGCAUCUCUCAGCAGCCAGCCAGUUGGGACCAAACCUCAAUCGUCCGUAUCCCAGAAGGGCAGCUUAAGAAAAACAGCAAGUGGACGUUCUGCUAAGGAUAAAGAAACCUCUUCUGCAGCAAAAUCCAAUGACAGCCCUCGAGAUUCAGUAGCUCGGAAGCAGUACAUGCACCAAUCCACUGACCUUGGUGCAGAUAUAAUUGAGAUGACACCUACUAAGAAACACCUCAGCCUGCCUGCUGGGCAAGUGGUGCCAAAAGCCAACAGUUUGAGCUUGAUCAGGACUGCCAGUGCUUCCUCCAGUAAAUCGUUCGACUAUGUGAAUGGUAGUCAAGCAGGCUCCAGUGUUGGAGUUGGUACAGAGGGUGUUACCAAUCUAGCAGCCGGCAACACCAAUCGUUUUUCAACUAUCAGCCUACAGGAAGACCGACUAGGCCAUGCUGGGGAAGGUAAAGAUCUUCUUCCUCCAGGAACUCCCCUAACCAAACAGUCUCGAUCUCCAAGUUUCAAUAUGCAGCUGAUAUCCCAGGUGUAACAUUUAACUCCCUUUGUUAGUACUCCCUCUUUGCCCUAAAUCCCCAGGCAAGUUCAUUCUUAGGCAAAACAAGAACCAUCAUCCUGCAGUGUGAAAAUACUGACUGUUGUGAUCUUGUUUGAUUUGGUUUAGCUAUCAUACUGUAUUCCUGAAACAGCAAUAAUUCUUCCUUCACCUUCAUUCUGCCCCCUUGUAAACAUGGUUGUGAAGCAGUAUAUAAUGUACUGUAUGCCUUUUUCCAUGCCUUCCUUUCUCCUUGGGUGAUGUGCAAUCCAUCGUAGGCUGAUCAGUCCCAUUUCAACACUGUGAGACUGGAGACACCGUCGGAAAUGGUGAAUGUGAUCCCUAUGAAAUGAUGCUUUGGCUUUGUUAAGAAAUAGAAACGGGUUUGUUUUCUCGGUCUACAGUACUGCAAAGACUACUGGAUCAUGACUUUUCUUCCUCAGAACCAGGAGUGCCUCAGAGAUUCUAAUGUGACUUUGGACCUCUCUGAGUCUGUGCAAUCAAUUCUGGGGAGGGAAUUGUCAUUGCUGCUCCUGGCUGCUUACAGCACUUUCAUUAAAAUGAGGGUAGUUUUUUCUUGCCUGCCCCUAAUCUCUCAUCCCAGAAGCUUUUGAUGUUCAGCAACUGAGACGUGCUUAUUACCAAGUUUUUUUCCCUCAAAGAGAGGAUUGUAAGUAGAUAAUGUAGGUUACAAUGCACUUCUAAUGGCGUUGUAGCCAUGUGUAAUGUUAUAUGUCUUCCCCUCCAGGACACAGGGUCAUUCUGCAUGUAGACUAAAAUUUAGACAAGACCAUGCUGUUAAAGAAAUUGGAUUUGUAAGCGGGAGGGAAACACUAUGUUCCAAGGAACUAAUGGCUAGCUCUGCUCCAUUUUUGUUGUGGGUGAUGGUGUUGUUUGUUGUUGUUCUUGUGAGGUGGUGAUCACUGAGUUGAAAGGUGUAUUUGGGUAAAAGAGUAUUUCUCAGGCUGCUUUCUACAGUAUCAUGGAUGUUAGACAUCCCCACCCCUUUCAGCUUCUUCCUCAGUGUCCCUAAAGUCAGUCAUGGAGUCAUUUUGAGAAUCUUGCAGUCCAAACAGACCAUCCUCUUAAGGGACUGUCUCAGGGAUAGAGACUUUUUUUUUUUUUUUUGCUAGAAACACAGAAGCUUUAAUGUGAAAUGCUUUUCUAGAAACACCAUUUACACAUAGGGGUACUGACAGUCCUUUUUUUUCCCAGAAGGAUCACAGUUCAUUGCUUUGAACUGUUUAUCAUCUAUUAUGUUUUUCAUCAUUAUUUUAGUGGAUAGACCCCUACUCUAGAAAAUGCAGAACUCGUGCCAUUGAGCCAAGCCUUGAAUGUAUAUGACUGGUAUGAAUGGUGGGCACUGGCUGGUACUUGUGCUAGAGAACACAGCUUAGAAGCACAUUUCUGAUUGUGUAGGAAAAUGUUUGUCAUCGUAUCUCUCUCUUUGUCCUAUUGCUAGAGAGAAAAGGAGAAAGUUCAUCCUGUAUUCUUAAGUAAUGUAUGAUAUCCUGGAAGUUUACAAAUUGUAAAUCCACGGAAAGAGUUAUGAUCUUCAUGUGAGCACUUUGGUUUCAUUGUCACUGUGAAGAGUAAACAUAAGCUGUUAGACAUAGCAGGUUAUCUUUGAAUGACAGAGAAUCUUUAAGAGAUUCAGGACAAUAAUAUGGUGUUACUUUCAUUGUUAGGUUUUAUAAUGUUUUUUUAUUUUUUUUUUCUUUUGAACCUCUAUUCCAAACAGAACUUUCAAAUUUACAUUGUAACUUGAUGAAUCACUGGCAGUCUAGUCUUCGGAUCUUACAUUCAUAGAAAAGUGAAUUAAAAUGGCAUCUGGACCGAUGCAGAAAUUUAGUUAAACAACAGAAUCUUCAGAAAGAAAGCCCUGCUGUUUCAGAAUUUAGAUUAGCCUUUAAGGGUCACUACAUAGAACUAAUGCACAAUUGAGAUUAAACUGUGAGAGAUUUUAUGAUGUGAUUUUUUUUUUUAACUUCUUAUGAUUAGACUCUUCUUGAUUUAUUUUGUCAAGUUUUGCUGGUGGAGGUGAUUGGCAAGUUAUGAUUUGCUUGGUAGUAGUUUCUUCCCUGAAAGUACAAAUCUAUAUUUUGUAGAGAUCAUCACUAUGAGAAUUCUAUUCUAUUGAAGUGCCAUCGUCGUGAACUGAUAAGGACCAAAUGAUGAUUGCAUAAAUCUUUGGGAAAUAAAAGGUCAGGAAUGUCAGCUUUUUGAGGAAUUACUUUAAUAUUUCUACACCUUUAAAACAUAGGGUUGCUAUGUAAGGUUCUCUUGUUUCUGCUUUUGCUAUUACAAACAUUCCCAUAGAAGUUUUAUGACAUGUAAUUUGGCAUUGGGCCAAAUUUUAGAAACAAAUACUUUAUACUCUGGAGAGAGGAGCUCCACACAGUUACACUAUUUCAGGAAAGCAAGACAGCCCAGUGACUUCAGAUAGGGAAAUCAAAUGUACAUGCCUCAAUUUGAAGUAGUUAAAAGUUCAACUAAACUACAAAUCAAGAUGUUUUUUGCAGUCCUCAUUUUGAUGAUGUGCCUUUUGUUAUAGCUCAGUUCAUUUCAUUCUGGUUUGUUUGUGUUUGUGUGUGUGUGUGUGUGUGUGUGUGUGUGUGUGUGUGUACAAAUAUAUAUACAAGCACAUAAGAACAAAUCAUAUAUAUAUACCUACCCCAUUUAGAGCUUUAAAAAGGGUUCAAUUUCAUCUAUAUUAAAAAAAAAAACAACUUUUUGCUAUGUGCUGAUGUGCAGCAUCUGUAACUUACCAAAAUUAUCCCGAGUGCGUUGUUUCAUUUGUGAGAAGUUUUGUCAUUUUCCAGACAUAAACUGAUCAACAUCUGUCUUAGAAAGUGAGUUGUCACUAUGACCUGCAAACCUGCUGUAAUAGCAUACUCUGCCAGUGCUGUGUAUCACACUCACCUGUAAUCCUUCUUGGUAUCUCAGACUAUACCAAGGUGUGUGAAGAUUGUAGCAAAACCUUGUAUAGUGACACUCAGUACACUUCAAAGUACUGUGGUGGUAAUAAAAUUAGAAAUGUCCAGGAUCUAGGCUGAGAGAAUAAUCUACUGGUUUUAUGAUUGUGUGUUAAAUAUUAACAAAAAAUAUGUUCUAAUUUUCUGAUACCGGUGACAAAUAUCUAAACUUAAACCUCCUUAUCCUGAAUUCACUCGGCUGUGUCAUGUUUCAGAACAUUUGGUACUUUAUAUAAGGCACUAGAUUGAAAUUUCUGCAAUAUUUCAGUGCAGCUGCAUCAUUAUAAAAGGAGGUUGAAAAGCAGAACACUACAUGUGUGUGCAGAUAUUUUUAAUGCUUAGGUGAGGAAGUGCGGGUACUAUAUGUAGAUGUCUAUACACAUGUAAGUAGGGAUACAUGAAUUAUCCCUUGAUACAGUUUUUACCACAUUACACUAUGUUGUCGUUUUACAACUCAUUUUUCUUGGGCUUUAUAAUUUUAAAAAGAUUACUAAAAUCAGACUUUGGUUCCCCUUUUCAGGAGGUUUUUAUAAGCAGCUUUUUGGCUCAGUGUUGAUCCCUUUUGUUUUUCAUCCUGCAGGCCACAAAAUGAUGAAGUGAAAGUAUCUGCUACAAUGAAUGUGGCAAGAUGAAGUUUUAAGCUGCUUUGUUAUUCUUGCUAGUUUUAAUUUGGAGACUUUUUAUCUUACUUUCUUAUCUUUCACUGUUUGUUUUAAAUGCAAAUUUCUUUGAAUACAACUUUCUGAUGUGUUGGAAGAAAUUUUUAACAGUGUACUUCAUUCUGUAAUGCUGAACAUCAUGUUGCAGCCAGUAAGCAUUAGACGUAGUUAUUUGUAGAUUGCAAGUGUGUUGGUCUCAAUUACCUAAAUCUAACAUUUCCAACACACUCCUGCUAGCUUGAACAUAGUUAGUCAUCUGUUCUGACAGCAAAAUUAUGAGGAAAAAAACUGUUUUCUGACAACUUAUUUAUUUGCACUACUUAUGAAUACUGGAGUUUACUGGGACAGGGUUUUUUCUCACCAUGUGAGGUUUACUUGUGUGUGGGUAGGUACAUACAUUUGUCACGUGUUGACAAUCAAUUGCCUCAACUGUGUGUAUACUGUAUGUAAAUAUGAACAUAUUUUUCAAGAUUAAGGGGGAAACCUGCACCUUAAUGGUGGUAAAGCUGCUCUGUAGAAAGGUGGCCCCGACUCUUACCCCUUUCUCUCUCCAGAUAGAUGUGGCUUGUUUUACUUCUUUAAUGAACAUAAUUAAUUUUCCUGGAAAAUUUUAGUUCCAGGGAGAUUUUCCUCAAUGUUUAAUGUAUAGUAUGUUCAGAGAAUUAUAUUUUCAAAAAUUAUUUUUGGUGUAGAUUAUUCUAUGCUAUGGCUUAUUUUAACCUAAAUUUUAAAUUUGUCCUAUUUUAUCAUGAAACAAUGGCUCUCUUUUAAGUGUGCAAGUGUUUGGCCGGAAAUUUUUGUUUGACUUGGCUUACAAAUUUAAGUUAAUUUGAAGACCAAGUAGUAACCAAGAAUUACUUUUUGAGUAAAAUUCAUAAUCAGUACAAACUUGAUACUGAACUCGUAAUCCUGGAGGAGGUGUGGAAAGCAUAAUGGAACUUACUUGAAUGGAAUGUAUGUGCUGCAUACAGAACAAAAAGUUGUUUCUGUUAUUUGUAGAUCUGUAAGUCUUAUCCUUAAAUUUUGCAAUUCUGUCACUGCCAAAAUUAUUGUUAUCUUGGCAUGUUUCGUAUGGGAUGUUAGCUAGGUCUCAUUUGUAAUAUUCAUUUACAUCAUUGGAAUAGUUUGUAUCAGAACAAUAAACAUGCUUUUUUUUUUUAAUGGCUUGUUUAGGACGAUCACUGAACUAAAAUUAUAAAUCAUCAGUCCUUUUCAAGCAUCAAAAGUAGAGGGCUAAUCCUCUGUACUUGCAUUGCUUUCUUGGCAUAAAUAAAAUUGAUCAAUAUUUUGUAUUUUCUCUGGUAUUUUAAAUGCUGCUUAUUGCUGAUAUACGGGCCUUAAUUUAUCUUUCUCUUAAUAAGUUAAGAUAAAUUUGUCUUAAUUUCUUAAACUAGUAUUAAUUUGUUUUCCCACUGGCUCUUGAAUAAAUUUCAUUUCUGGAAAGCUGUUCUGUAGGUGAUUUGGGGAAACAGAUCCCAGCAUAGAUAUUGUAUUUGUGAAUACAUACAUCAGUCUGUCAAAAUCUGCAUGUUGCAAUCAGCUGAAGAGUGAAGUACUCACCUGCUUCUUAAACAAUGAUGGACAACAGCGGAGAGCUGUGGGCAACUUGGUUCAUCAAUAAUUUAUGAAGGCAAGCAGUAAAUGGAUUUUGCAGGACUGAUCUGUAUAAUGAUUUUCACUUAGUCAUUAAAAAAAAUUAUUUUAAAAUAAACCAAAUAAUGGAACAAAUUUUCAAAACAUAACAGGUAGCCAUUUCUGAGAAACUUUCUAAGUUUGGCAAGUGUAAAGGCCUGCUAUCAUGUAAUACAUUAGAUGUUCAAAAGGAAGCUCUAGAAGCCUGAAGGUACCUCACAGCUUCCAGGAAUGGAUUUAGUAAAAAUCUGUUUCGUGCUAUGUGACUUUGAGAUUUUUGUGAAGAAAAAAAA